CCCAGAUCCCGCCCUGGAUGAGUUUUACCGGGAUCAGAUUCACGUGGCUCGCAGAUUCAAGGCGUUCUCUGCGGCAAAAGUCUGAGAGCAAGCUCAUCAAGAACAUGUGACGCCUGUAUGGAAAGCAUUUUGUGGUCAUCUUGGGUGAUUGGAGCGACGCUGGGAAGACCAUGUGCUUUCAGGAGUCAUCAAAGACCAAGGGGUGAGUGACCAUCAUUUGUGGUACCUACUAUGUAUUUUAAUAUGCCAACUCAUCAUGGAAAUCAGAUUCCGCACCCUCUUUGCAAGAAACAGCAUUCCAUGCUACUUGCUAGAUGAGUAUCGAACGUCUUCCGUGUGCCCAGACUGCCACGGGUGUGUGAAGAAAAACAUCGGACGCCGGCUGUCACCUCGGCCGUGGCAAGCUCGAAAGGGAAGAAUGGAAUACGUCCAUGGAUUGGUGGGUUGCCCCAACCCCGAAUGUAUCAACCAAGACUGGACGCCGUUUGAGAUUCCUGGAAGACAACCACUACGACUACGGAUGAAAGUGCACAAUCGGGACGUCCUAAGCACCAAGAAUUUCCUCUCGAUUGUGCGUUCGGUGGUGCUUGGCAAUGGCCGCAGACCAGACGCAUUCUCCCGGUAGUCUAGAGUUUUCACCCCAUCCCAUUUUCCGUGGUGGUUAUCUGCCAUCCACAUCAUUGUACCUCUGCCUGAGGCGUC